AUGGGAAGCGGCAAAGACUUGACUGAAGGCCAAAGAAGUUCAAUAAUUUAUGGAUAUCAAAGAGGAGAUUCGGUUCGAACAAUUGCGGCUAAUGUUAGAUGCAGUAAGUCUGCUGCAUGGAAUGUAAUUAAUGAGUUUUGUCGGUUGG